AUGGUCGACGCCGCCGCUCAGUACAAGAAGCAGGACGGCACCGUCUCCAUUUCUGACAAUGGCAAAACGGUCGCCUGGACGUCUGCCACCGGCGCGCUUCCUCCGCUGUCCAUAGCCAUUGCAGACAUUGCAAAUCUGCAGCAAACUCCCGUCACUGCCGCCAAAGCCUCGAUCAAGAUUGUCGUCAAGGAGCCGUCGCCGCAAGCUGGCAACCACACCCUCACCUUCACCUCCGCCGCCGCUCGCGACGACCAGCAAACCAUAACCAGCACGCUGCGCAAAUGGAUUGAAAGCUCCAAGCAACAAGCCGCGCCUUCGCCAGCACCUGCUGCGCCCAAGGCUGAUGGCAGCCAGGGCGGCGGCGCAUCUGCUGCCAUGGCCAUGGCCCAAACAGUAGCAGCCGCGGGCAAAAGCAACGAAGAGACUUACGACGAUGCAAAGCUGCUUGCCGAUACAGCGCUGCAAAUGUCGCUGCUGAACUCAAGCCCGGCGCUUCGCCAGCGCUUCGACCGCGCUCUCCUCGAGAAACCCGACUCCGUCUCCGUCUUGCAAUUCUCCAUGCAAUUUUGGUCGACUCGGGUGCAUAUGCUGAGGUCGCACGCGACAGAGAGGUCUCAGGCCACGGGUACCUACAACGUGCUGUCGGUCAUAAAGUCAAAGUCGGUCAACGGCACUCUGAUGCUCAACUUGACAAAAGAGCAAAUCGAGCUCCUCUUCAGGCAGCACCCCAUAGUCCUGAAAGCAUACAACGAAAACGUCCCCCCACUGACCGAAGGCGACUUUUGGGAAAGAUUCUUCCACAGCCGCUUGAUGAAGAAACUCAAGGGCGAGCGCAUCCAAGAAAAAGACGUGCUUGACCCGAAACUGGACAAAUACCUAAGCUACGACGAAACGGCAGAUAGCUAUCAGGAUCUGCUUGCUGCCUCGAUACCACACUUCAUCAAUAUCGAGGCAAACGAGAACAAUCACAGCCAGAAGCAGGGCAACCGGCCCGACUUCACCAUGAAUCCGGCUCAUUACGAAAAAGCGCCAAUCCUCCGAGUCCUGAAUCGCAUGAGCGAGAAAAUGAUGAAGGAAGUGCCGCCUUCGGAUGCAAAUCCCCAUGGACCAGCCGGAGUCGAUGAGGAAACAUACAAAGAGUUGCAAUUGCGUGACCUACAGCUUGCAGACGACGAUAACAGGGUUGUGCUCAAAGUGCAUGAUCAAAGCCGCUUCUUCUCAGCUGGACAAAGUGUGCAUGCGUCGACUAGCGCUGCGACGUACACCAAGCGAACUCCGGCGCAAGCACUGUCUACUCUACAACGAGACCUUGGCAGGUUUGAGGGGAACACUGGUCAAACUUCGAAAGUGGAUCUCCACUCUGUCAUUGAAAUCAAUGAUCAAAGUAGUAGUGAUGAGGAGGGCUCUGCUCCUAGAAAGGCAAAAGUUGGCAGUAAAUCGUCACGCAAAGCAGCUUCUUCGCAAGUCAUGGCAGCUCUCAAGAAACGACGCCUGCAUAACGAUGACUUGUCGUCCUCAAAGUCCACUGCCACGAGCGAGCGAGCGAGAGAACUACACUUGUCCGAGGCUGUUCUUGACAAUCUCACCAUGACCCACAAUACCACGGUCGAAUUCUUGCAUUACUUCUGGGCUGUCUUCUACUCGGGAGACCCCGACCGCGCAAAUGAGGUUGCCAGGCUGAUUGAAACACUCGACAAGUCGCUUGAUCGCAUCAAGGCCGUUGCUGACAUGGCCGAAGCAGAGCGGGUAGCUAGGGUCGAGCAGGCCAGGAGAGAAAAUGAGUAUUCCAACCAACGAGAAAGAAAGAAGCGAAAGUUCGACCCGGAGGCCAUUAGAGGAGGAGCAAAGGCCGUCAAUAAGAUUGUGGAUCCUUUACUCCGAGCGAUCGAGGCCGCGCGCAGUCAGUACCAAAAAGCACUCAAAGAGCAAGUAGCCCGUGCUUCGUCAAAUGGAACGACUUGA